AUGAUAUUAUUAUCAACUCUAAUAAAGAUUGGAGUGACUAUUUUAAUUCUUUCAGGCUUAACAACAUCCUAUUAUUAUUAUUCUUCAAUUAAUAAUACAUAAAUAUUUGAUGAAAGUGUUUCAGCUUAUCAAAGAGAAUAAGUUGUUUCACAAAGAAAUGAAAUACCAGUAGAAGCAACAUUACAUCAUGAAAGAACAAUAUUGAAGAAACAUGUAGUUGGAAAUUGGGGUCCAUUAAGGACUUAAGUGGAUUAUUCAAAUGUGGAACCAUAUAUUAAGAAAAAUUAAUUAGCCUUCAUUAAAGAAUAUCUUAUGACUCCAGCCUUAGCAUUUCUAUAGACAUCUUUAAAAGUUUAUCCAAGAUUAUCUAAUACCUUUGUAAGUUAAAAAUGUGGUGGUUAUAGUGUUUAAAACUUAUAAAAAUCUGGAUAAGUAUUUGAUUUAGGAAUUCUUAUGGCUGCAUCUAAUGAUCCAAAAGGGACUUGGUGGUUGAGAGGAGUAUCUUGUGAAUUGGAUAGUGUUACUAAUAGACCAAUAUUAGGAACAUUAUAGAUAAAUUUAGCAAUAUUCAAUCAAGUUAACGUUGAAAAAAAUAAUAAUGAAGAAUGGGAAUAUUGGUUAUAAUAAACAUUACAUGAAUUGAUUCAUCUGAUUGGAUUUAAUAGUGUAUUGUAUCCAUAUUAUGUGAAUGCAACAGAUAAUAAAGUUUUAGGAAUUGAUAAUGUAAUAAGAACAUUCAAGAAUAGAUAAUAUGUGAUAUUAACACCUGUUUUGGAUAGAGUAAAAAGAUAUUUUUCAUGUAAUGCAGCAGUAGGUGCAUUAUUAGAAGAAAAUGGUGGUUAAGAUAUAGCAGGAUUUCAUUGGGAGAGAGUAACAUUUGGUAAUGAAAUAAUGACAGGUGAUCCAUUUCCAGAUCAAGUUAUUUCUGAAUUUACUUUAGCUUUAUUAGAAGGAACAGGUUGGUAUCUUCCAAAUUAUACUUAUGCAUAAAUAUUUGGAUGGGGUAAAGAUGAUGGUUGUACAUUAACUACAGGUGCAUGUUCAGUUGUAUAUGAAGAAUUUUGUAAAGUAAAAGAUUAAUCUGGUUGUUCUAAUAAUUUUAAUAGUAUAAGUGGUUGUUAUACUGGAGAUCAACUUAGUUAAGGAUGCAAUUAUUGGAGAGAAUAAAGUGAUUGUAGAUAUAAAACAGAUUAUAAUGAUAAAUUAACUAAAUUAACAGGAGGAUCAAUUGGAAUGAAUUCAUAAUGUUUUAUAACAACAUUAGCUUAAAAUGCAUUUGCAACAGCCAGAAGUAGUUGUUAUAGUUCUUAAUGUGUAAAUGGUAAAGUGAUUGUAAAUGUUGAUGGAAUACCAAUAACUUGUACAACAAGUGGAUAGGUUGUAUCAGUAAAAUUGGGAUAAUAAUAUGGUACAAUUACAUGUCCAGAUAUAACCAAAUUCUGUGCUCAAUUAUAAUAUUGUCCAAAUAAUUGUAGUAAUAGAGGUGUUUGUAUAAGUAACAACACUUGUAGAUGUUGGGUAGGAUAUAUAGGAAAUGAUUGUUCAUAAAGAUAAUCAUCAGCCUGAU